UUGCUCGGUGGCGGGAAAGCGGCGGCUGCAGCGCGUCUUCCCGGAGGUUGAGCGGUCGGAGGCGGCGGCGAGUCCCGUGCUGGCCGCGGGCCCCACCAUGGACGCGGCCGAGGUGGAGUUUCUGGCCGAGAAGGAGCUGGUCACCAUUAUCCCGAACUUCAGUCUGGACAAGAUCUACCUCAUCGGGGGCGACUUGGGGCCUUUCAACCCCGGCUUACCAGUGCAGGUGCCUCUGUGGCUGGCGAUCAACCUGAAACAGAGACAGAAGUGUCGGCUGCUCCCCCCCGAGUGGAUGGACGUGGAAAAGUUGGAGAAGAUUCGGGAUCAUGAACGAAAGGAAGAAACUUUUACCCCUAUGCCCAGCCUUUACUACAUGGAGCUCACCAAACUCCUGUUAAAUCAUGCUUCAGACAACAUCCCGAAAGCAGAUGAGAUCCGGACCCUGAUCAAGGACGUGUGGGACACUCGCACAGCCAAGCUCCGGGUGUCUGCUGACAGCUUUGUGAGACAGCAGGAGGCACACGCCAAGCUGGAUAACUUGACCUUGAUGGAGAUCAACACCAGUGGGGCUUUCCUCACACAAGCGCUCAAUCACAUGUACAAACUCCGCACGAACCUGCAGCCUUCUGACAGCGCCCAGUCCCAGGACUUGUAGGCAGAGGCUGGUUUGUAGAGGCCCGUGUCCGCCGGCAGGAGGCUCACCGGGGGCCUGAGUGCUCGGCAGUGACACAGGUACUCACAGUUCCAGAGUUCCAGAGCCACUUCUGAACGUAUGCAAAAAAGUGCAGUGAAGCAAGGGAUGGGCUUAUAACCUUGUUGGAAAGCAACAGGCUCCUGCUUAGUCCUCGAGACAUUCUAUAACUCCGCGUCUGUAUCUGGGAGCCCGCUGUCCUUUCAUGGGGAAAUGAGAAAAGCAUUGGCAGAACGAAUGAUUUCCCUAGCAGAGCUCCGGGUCUCCUGCACGGGACUGUCGUGUGCAGGUUGAGUGUUCGGUGACGUCCGGUGUUGCUUUUAAGAUGGAGAUAUAGCAGGAUGGUAACGUGGCCGUGGCCAUUCUUCUCCCUUCUUGACCCUGAUCUCUUGGGCUAAAUUUAGAGUCUGCUACAGAGGCUGUUCACACGGAGGACAGCAGAUGAGUGGUGAGUGACAGCCACCCAUAAUCUAAGCCCUGAUACAAAAUAAAGAUGGAAUCAACCCAAAUCUCUGUUGGGUUUUUUUCCUGCAUAACUGCCACGCAAAGGAAAGGAGCAGGCCAAGUGGCUAGAAUGAUCUGAUGGACCAAACUUGAGAGGUUUAGCAGGCAACUGUGAACUUCCGACCGACACUCUGGGUAUCUCUUGUUCUCUUGGCUGCUUGUGGGUAAGGCCCUAAAGGGUUGCUUAUCAGCAAGAGGAAAGUCAGGGGAAAACCAAUUCCGUGUUAUCGAGUGUGUGAGUGAAGCGGAAGACACGAUGCCAGGGGGAAAAGUGGGGCCUAUGACGUGGUUCUUUUUUUUUUUUUUUUUUUUUAUUUAUUUUUUACUUAUUCUAUGACGUGGUUCUUGAUGGACUGAGGGGAAGACAGUUCUAGGCAGCAGUGGCUCAGGUAACGGUAUUGGUUUUUUCCCCUAGGAGGAAAAGUUUCAGCGCUAGCAUUGCUCAGUCCCUUACGGAAAGUGCAUUACCUCGUGGGGGGGGAGAUGACGGUCUAAGUCCUGUAAUGAGUAGGUUCGGUAACCAGCUGGUUUCCAGUGGUAGCGCCGUCAGUCAAAAGCAGUCACAUGCCACCUCGAGGGUUAUGAAGGGUGUACGUGCGUGAUCAACUGGGCCUAAAGAAUAUCUGCUGGUGUUUUUACCCUUCAGUGUUUAAAAUACAAACUUCAAGUUGCUCAAGCACUAUUCCUCCAUUCCCAGAUGGGUACCCAGAUGUCCCUCUCACAAGCAGCUAUUGUUUAAGCACCAAAGGGCCGCACAUGGAGGGAUGAGGACCCAGAAGACCUGGCCUCCAUCACUUAAGAGAUGACAGGACUUGUCUUUUCAUCUCUCUCUCAUGCAGAAUCCUUCAGAUUUAAUCUGGGGAAUCUUCUAGAAUGAAACCACAUGUUAUUGUGGCGGUUCAGGAGUCCUGUGUAGCCCAGAUCUCACCCCGAAUCCCCUUCUCUUAAAACCUGGCUGAGGCACAGUCGAAUCGGUCUUCACACUUGACCUGUAAAGCUGUGUAAUGGUUGAGCUCUUAUUUUUAUUUUUUGGCCUUAUUAUAACAUAGAAAAGAUUUUUCUCUUAAGAUGAUUCAGGAAGAUUUUAUUUUUUGGAUGUUGUCAGAAAUUACAGCAAUAUAUUCAUAAAUACCUAAUUACUACAUUCAACAAAUAAUAUUACAAUACAGUUAAUUCAAACAAGUACACUUAAAACAGGUUUAAUUUCACAGCAUCUAAACUGCCCCCCAGAGUGACCGAGGCACCGUUCCUCCUCCCUCCAUGUACCGGUUGACUGUUCUAGCAGUUAAGCACAGGUACAUACAAAGUAACACGACUGAUUGAUCAGCGUGGUCUUCCUCGGGUCAAGGCAGAGUUAAAGAGUUAAGGUUAAGCGCCGGAUCAGAAAGCUGGGGACAGGCUACUGCAAGUGGUAAAGUCGAUAGUGUGGUUACUUGGAAGAGGACAGGGCUGCUGCGAAGUGGCUAAUCCACGCUGUACGAUGAACAGCAUUGCGGGGCUGACCAUCUCCAUCUGGUGGCAGGUCCCUGGAACUUGCUACACUUGGAGCCGUGGCCCAGAGGGAAAGGGGGGUAUGCAGUCUCAUUUUGGAGAUGUGACAGCAUUGUGAGCUACUUGAGGAAACACCAUCCCACAUACAAAUUUUAAGCUUUCCUGUUAGAACACUUUAAUGCUUCCGCUACUUUGCCGAAGGUGUGGGCUCCUUUUAGUAUUCCUUGGAGUUUCCCUGAGGGUGUAUAAUCUAUUAGCAUGUUAAUGCCAAUUAAAUGUUUCCUUUAGAAUAUAGACUACUGUUGAAGAGCCUCUCUUGGUCACUUAUCUGAGAUAAUGGAUUAAGAUUAUGGUAUUUCAUGUCAGUUUGGCUUGUUUCUACAUGUGGCGCCAAGUUUGGGGGAAGGCUCUGGGUUGUUGCUAAUGAUCGGAUUAAAUGCAGAACCACACGACUCACUUUUGGAAGGGAUCCCGCACAGGUUUAGCGAAACCCCCUUCAGAGGGCAGACGGCAGCCGUCUCUCCCAGGUGCCGUGGGAAGACACAGGUCGCGAAGGACUGUUCACAAAAAUACACAGAAGUUCCAUGAUCGGUUCUAGAGCAAAUGUGGUGCACUUCUGAACUUUGUCUUUCAAACUCAAUGUGAAACAGCUGAAAAGCUUCAGGGAUUCCACACUUCUGUCAGUUUUUAAGCCCAAACUGGAAAGAGGCUCUGAUGCUACCAUGCUCUUUCAGAACAAGUGUUUUCCAGAUUAUAAAACUAAUUAUUAAAUGGAACAAAAAAACCCCCAAGAUUGGGUACUGUGUCUCAGUGGCGCACUUUCGUUUUCAAAGGACACUCUGUUACCUUUUUCUUCGUUUAUUCAUGUUGCCUUAUGGGUUUGUAUUUAUAUUCUGAUUGAUUGUCCUAUUACUUUUUGACUAUUCAGAGACCCUCACAGGUAGGUGGGAGUAUGGGGAAGCAGAGUGAUGGAGCAGCUCAGAGGCGGGGCAGGGGGAAGGCAGUCAGCUCUAGCUCAGUGACACAGCCGCACCCCUGGGCAGGCAUCCCUUCAACUUAACUGCAGGCCGCGUCCUCCUCCCCAAAGCAACAAAACACCAGCAGACACAGGCGCUCCCCUCAGGUGGUAACGGGAUGGGGCUGUGCAAGUUAGCAGAUCUACCUAUCCCUUUGCUUUUUGGCCAGGACCCUUACCAGAGCCCAGGAGCAAAGGCAUCCGGAGCUUUCCUACUACGGAGGAAGGAGGACUGGGGGGAAGUGUUAAGAUGUAGCCCUUAGGCCUUCAGAGACAGCAAGCAGGUUUUAGGUAGAGAAAUUCAGUGACGUUUUGCCCUGAUCGUUGGCAGUGGGGCUCCCUCUAAACACCUGUCGCCACCUGUGGCACAUGGCGCUCUCUGUGUCUUUGCAGGGGAGGAGGCCCCCGGAAGAGCCCUUAGUUCUCGUCAAGUCGUUUCUGUAGAGAGAAAAGCACUUGCUGACUGCUGAUAAUACUGGCGGCACUUUUUGUCUGAGUUUGCUAAUAACUGGAAGAUUCUUGGCAGACGUACAAAGCAAACUGUGUGGGAACAGAUAAAGUGACACAAUGCCAUCUGCCAGCAAGCUGUUCCGCGCAGCAGCUAAGGUCUGGGGCCGAGGGCAGGGCCACUGAUCACAGUGAGUAGCCUUCCUGAAGGUCAGCCAGCCCUUCCCCUGGCCCAGGGCGUGAUGCUCGGGUCCCCUCCCCUCCCCCGGGGCAGACCACCCACUGGCUGCUUUGGCCUCUGGUUCAGGCCCAUUUGGGCAAGAGAUGCCUUGCUGAUCUAGAUUUCACACUGCUUGAACCUGCAAUAACUGGGGCAAGAAGGGAGGGCUCCCCCCAUGCUUCGCAUUGAAACGAUCAUCCCCGUUCCUAGCCGCUCCUGUGGUUGGCACAGUAAGUCAGUCCAAGAAGAGAAGUUCUGCGCAGACAUUGUUCACCCUACUUUCAGGCUGGUACAAAGCUUUGCAUCUAAAUAAAUAAACCCUAUACAGUUUCUACUUUGCACCUGUGCAGACUGCUGUAAGAUACCUCAGCAUCCUGUCCCAGCAGCCGCUCCCUUCCUCAAAGGCUCUUAACGAAGCCCGUGUGCGCCUGCGCGCGUGAAGGUGCACACACAGCGUCCACCGGGCUCCCGCCGGAGCCCGCCCCUCCUCGCUUCAUGGCAUGGUGUGUGGUGAACUGGCUGCCGUCCGGAGCAGGGGAGGGGCGCAGGAGGAGGUAAGAUGUGACCAUGGCUUUCUACAUCAUCACUCUGGUGCAACUCAGAAAUGAAGUGAUCGCAUAGGCGCCAGUGGUAAGCUCUUUUACUUUUUUCUUCUUCUUUAAUUUUUUAAAAAACACUUCAAUAUCUUAAUGUCCUGACCAGCAGCAGUACAAACACUAAAAGCAAGGUUUUUUUUUUUUUUUGCC